CAGAUGCAUGAGUCCAAAUAGCAACUCUAGGCGUAAAAUUGGUCUUUCCAAACACGGUGUUUACCUACAUGCCGUACCGUAUUGAGAUGGGUCAGUACUACUUGGAUUACAAAUGGACACCGAAGAGAUUGUAGUACCAAACUCCUGUCUCUUUUGCAUUAAUUCUACAUUUUCACACGCAGAUUUCUGUUCAUAAAGGUUAUCUUUUUUUUCCAUGCAGGCCUACAAAGCAUGGAAGCAGAAUCCUUUUAAAUUUGACUUCUUUACUAUUAAUUCAGAUACUUUAUGUACUUCUCAUUUUGUUCCAUAAAUAUACAGAUGUUUACUGACGACCGUUUUCAUUAAUCUGCAGAGGAGCAAAAUGGUUCACGACAAUUUCCAGUGUCCACAGUGAAGGCUUCAAAUUGUAUGAUUUUGUAUGAUCAACAAUCGAGGGUCCCGCAAAAUCCCCCAGUCAGCUAUGACUAAAGACAAUCAACAAUCAAAAAUCAUUAUCGCAUAAUUUAGAAACCAUAUUUUUGUGGAUGCUUGAUUAAUUAUUCGUUGUUGCAGCUUCUCCAUAACUCACACAUCCAUCCAUGCGCUCCCUUACAAUUAUGGCCGAAAAUGUGGGUCAGCCCGCUUCGGUCACGUGUCUGCACGUAUGCCCAAUCAGAACCCUCCCCGGGGAGCACUUCCGGUGGUGUUUCCUGUCAGUGUUUGUAAACUGAGAGAAAAAUUGGAAGUGCGACAAGAAAUAUAAACCUUUAGCGCCCCGAAAAACGAAAGGCUGUGGCCCCCUGAUGAUUUGGGAGGGUGUGUUCUCUUCUGUCACCCCUCAUCCUGAGUGAAGCCCCCUCUCUCCCCCACAAACACACACGCAUUCAAACCACGGCGAUGACACACCAUUCCAACAAUUCUGUGCGAGACCAUAUGAAAUGGGCUGGGUUGCUGGGCUGUGAGGCGGUGCUGUCCAGCAUGGCCCUGAUGCAGGCCAACAACAUCCCAGGCCAGAAGAAGAUGAUGUCUCCCUUGAGUCAGGGGCACAGAGCCAGUCCCGAGAGCCAUCAGACCCACUCGCAGCACAGCCACAACCACCACGGCCACCAGGUUCACCAUGGACAGCCCCACCACAGCCACAUGGGCCAUCCUUCAGCCGGGAGCUGUCCACCCCUGCUAAUCCGAAAAGACGGGGAUUACCACUCAUCAAGGAUGAUUGAUGGAAAGGACAUGCAGGCGAACCAGAAUUUGCAACCCAAGAAGAAACACAAAAAGUCAGCGUCAUCCAACAAAAUUAAAGAGGAGCAUUUACCGCCUCCACUUGACAUGGAUGACGAUGGCUCCCUGAAAGUCCAGAAGAACUUCAUCUGUGAUCACUGCUAUGGAGCUUUUCGGAGCAGCUACCACCUCAAGCGACAUAUACUUACACACACAGGGGAAAAGCCAUUUGCUUGCGAUGCGUGUGAUAUGCGGUUCAUUCAGCGUUACCACCUGGACAGACACAAGAGGGUGCACAGCGGAGAAAAGCCGUACCAGUGUGACCGCUGCCGUCAGAACUUCUCACGGACAGACAGGCUGCUGAGACACAGACGACUGUGUACGGUCGGAAUAAGCAAAGAGGAAAACCAGUACUCCCAGGACGCAGCUGCCCACACAGCUUCCUGGAGCCCGCUACAGCCUUCCAACAACCGUCUGACUGUCUGACCCUCAGCUUCCCAGCAGAGACCCAGCACCAGCUUGCAGCUCAGUAACGCGACACACUGGAGUUGUGACCUGUUAACAGCCUCAGCCGAACAAAUACGACAAAGUUUAGUUUUGCUCUCCUAGCUCAUCCAUAGAGCUCGAUAGUGGACUUUGGUACUUUCUUUCUUUUUUUUUUCUUUUUUUUUUUUUUUAAACCUACUGUUACAUUCAUCACACAGGCAGAAGGGAAUGGAUGAAAUUAUGAUCACGGAGAAGAGCUCAUGGGUUUUUUGGCAAUAAUGGAAAUAACAUCAACUUUUUUCACACAAAAAAAAAUAUUUUUUUCACUAUUGCUGCCCUUUUUAUUUGAUGAGCAGAACCUUUUAACACAGGACGCUACUACAUACAGACAUUUCACUAAAGGACACACAAAACCUUGCGACAUUUUUAAUGAUAAACUCCUAUUUGUUUUACAUUUUAUGCUGCUAAUUAUGAACCAGCUACAGCUGACAAACUAAAGGUCACCGCAGACUUGGAAGUACAGUAUUUAGCCACCCGUCAUGCUUUUUGGUUAAACGUGAAGGGGGCUGGUUGCCUUUUUUUUUUUCGAACACUCAAGUCUUAAACGGAUGUAAAAUAUUUUCAUACCUGCUCUCCUCCAGUACAGCGGUAAAAGUAGAACAACUACAGGUGCAUCCCUAUUGGGCGUGUGCAAAAUUGGGUAAAAAAAAAAAAAAAAAAACACUACACGACUUUUAAACCAGUUUUGAAAUUGAUUAAGUAAGCUACAUGCUCACAGUUACGCCUUGUUUCAAAGGGCUUUCGUCCUCAGUAGUACGUUACAUUAUUAAUUCAAUAGAAGGCUGACAGAUUCUAGACAAAAAGAACAUUUCUGCGCAUUGGAGAAGGACGAGUGGACCAGAAGUUUCAAAAAUAGUCCCACACAUUGUUUAACUCGUGAGAAAUAUAGUUAUUCUUUUGGCAUUUUGGUAUUAGAUCUGGUCGGUGAUAAAGAGCGCUCUUAUCACGCGUCCAGUUAUUACAAGCUUCAGAUUCAUAGACAGUUUUGUAGAUACACUUGUCAAAUAAAGAACUAUUUGUCUGCUGAAGGUCUAAUACUGGAGUGUUGCAUAAAUGUGUAUGACAUCAGGUUGGUCAUAUACUUGUCAUGUACUGUUCAGUCUCUGUAAGAUGCUAAGUGUCUGUACUUAGGCACACGUUUUUUCUUUGCAUUGGUCCAGAACUCCCUGACAGAAAGGCUGCAGGUUUUGUAGGAUCAGUGAUUUUUGCUAACCCUUGGAACAGUUUUUAUGAUGCAAACUAGAACUGGGAAUCGACUGUCUGGCAAAAAUGGCUUUUUUUUCUCUGUGCGUAGAAACCACUAUCUUGUUUAUUUUUAUUUUUUUCCUGUUUAGUGAUCAUAGAUUCUGACAUUCGUCCUUCAGAAGUAUUUUGGUAAGGGAGACCGGAACUGAAAUCCUGAGAAUUGAUUAAAAUAUUGUCCAAAAUGACUUGUAUGAGGCUGUUUGUGGGCCGCUGGAUCGAAGCUAGCCGUAGGCGUAGAUUUAUUUCCAAUAAAGUUAUAGUUUUAUACGUCCCAGGUCAUUUCAAGCUGUUAAAAAUAUGAAGUCAUUCACAGAAUUGAGGCGUUUUUUAUUCUUUGACUGAAUGUGAUCAGCAUACGGUGGCGCGGUGUCAUUUCAUCUCCGGUUAAUGUUGAACGUCUUCAGUGAAGAUGAGUUAUUGUACUUCCUGGAAACAAAGUUCACACUGUCUUUUUUUUUUUUUUUUUUUUUGUACAAUGACAACCGGCAGCAUACAUUCAGACCUGUAUACGGAUAAAUCCGUCUGUAAACACUGUAAACUCAGUUCUUUAGGCUCAAAGGUUUUAUAGUAGACAGGUAGUGCUGUUGCUGUCAGACUUUUAGAAUGUGUGAGACGAGUUUGGGGCCCUUCCCUGACUGUGUAUGAAGUUAAUAUAUAUUUAAAUUGUAUUAGAGGUAGAAGAUAGUAUGGGACAUAAACUCCACAAGCAAAAUUUUAAUAUUUAGUCUGAUAAUUCUUAUGAUAUCUGAAAUAACUAUGAUGAGUCACAGUUCAGCUUGCUGUUAGGAGCGAUGUACUCUUGUCCGCUCUUGCCCUUUAGCAUAGCAGCUACAUUUAUUUAGGAUACUGUUCAAUUUUUUAUUUGCAUGUUCUUGAUGGCGGAUCUUGUAUAGAUUUUGUCUUGGUAUAAUUUUCUUUUUUCUUUUCUUUUUUUUUUUUUAUGUGAGCAGCCCCAACAGUUUUGUCAUUUCAGGAGUGACUUCAGUUUUGACUCAGUCAAUCACACUGUACUGAACGGCGUUUAAGGGCCCCAGAAUAAAAGUGUUUCUUUUUAAA